AUGUCACACUUACACCAUAACAGCUUGCAUUCUGAUAGCACUAACUCCAUGGAAUUGGAGAAUGGAGUCACUCAUUCAGAUCUGGCACUUGUUCCACUUGUUUCUGGUCUUAAUUUGCUUAUGCCUACACCAGAAUCUUGGUUUCAAUCUGAUACAUCAACUGGGUACCUUGAAGAUGCCAUUGCUGGCAGGGUUAUUCAGUGCAAGGAGCAAAAGUCACCAUCCUGCUCUAAGGAUCAAAAGGUUGAUCAAUUUCCAACAUGUUCCACAAUAGCACAACUUCAUGAUUAUUGCCUUACACACCAGGAAAAGGUCAUCGCUACGAACCUAUCAUCAUCACCACCACAAAGUGACACACAUGAAGCUGCUAUCAAACAUGAUCCUGCUCGGAGGAGCUAUGCAUCUAGUGAGUUAGAUGAAAAUGUGUUUGAAGGUCAACAACGGAAGAGAAUUGCUUACCCAUUUGAGUUGGUGAAGGGUGGAGGAGUUGAAGCGGAAACAACCCUCAAAGAUAUAAAUAACCAGAUUCUCAUGACACCAUCAGCAUCAAAGCCAAUUCCACACCUUGUGGAAGAUCCUAUGACUCAUCCCUGCAAAUUUGCCAAAGGUUUUGGCUGGUCAGGAAAAGCAGUGGCAUCUUUUACUAGAAUUCACACUAGGGGUAGAGGUUCCAUUAUCAUUAUCAGGACCAAGGAUUAA